AUGUUGCAGGCCUCAGUCCAAUCUGUUCAAUGGACUUACAGUCUCUUCUGGCAAAUCUGUCCCCAACAAGGGAUCUUAGUAUGGUCAGAUGGGUACUACAAUGGAGCCAUCAAGACGAGGAAGACGGUGCAACCAAUGGAAGUGAGUGCCGAGGAGGCGUCUCUCCAGCGGAGCCAGCAGCUAAGAGAGCUCUACGACUCUUUGUCUGCUGGAGAGACGAACCAGCCACCGGCCCGCCGCCCUUGUGCCUCCUUAUCCCCGGAGGACUUAACCGAGUCCGAAUGGUUCUACUUGAUGUGUGUCUCAUUCUCCUUUCCCCCCGGCGUCGGGUUGCCAGGUAAAGCAUACGCAAGGAGGCAGCAUGUAUGGCUCACCGGUGCAAACGAGGUCGAUAGCAAAACCUUUUCCAGAGCUAUUUUGGCAAAGAGUGCUCGUAUACAGACUGUGGUGUGCAUUCCUCUUCUAGACGGCGUCGUAGAGUUUGGCACCACAGAGAGGGUUCCAGAAGACCACGCCUUCGUCCAACGCGUCAAAACCUUCUUCGUUGACCACCACCACCCUCCGCCCCCAAAACCCGCCCUCUCCGAGCACUCCACCUCCAACCCCACCACCUCAUCCGACCACCCACAUUUCCACUCCUCAAACCUCCUACCAGCCAUGUCCACAGACCCUCCUCUCAACGCCGCCCAAGAAGACGAUGAGGACGAAGAAGAUGAUAAUCAGGAGGAGGACGACGGAGCCGAAUCCGACUCCGAAGCUGAAACGGGCCCCAAUGGUGGAGCCAUUGUUCCCGCUGCAAAUCCUCCUCAGGCUUUGGCCGCAGUUGCCGAGCCAAGCGAGCUCAUGCAACUCGAGAUGUCCGAAGACAUCCGGCUCGGCUCCCCUGACGACGCCUCAAAUAACUUGGACUCUGAUUUCCACUUGUUAGCCUUAAGUCAGUCUAGGAAUCCAGCCGAUCAGCAGCGCCAAGCUGACUCGUAUCGAGCCGAGUCAACCCGGCGGUGGCCGUCAGUACAAGAGCCACUGAGCAGCGGCCUUCAACCGCCGCACUCAGGACCCCUAGCGUUAGAGGAGUUGACAAAUGAUGACACACAUUACUCGGAGACGGUCUCCACCAUACUCCAGGGACAAUCGGCUCGGUGGAUGAUGAAUUCGUCCACCGAUUAUGCAGUUUGUUCGACUCAGUCAGCUUUCGCAAAGUGGUCGAGCCGAGUUGAUCACCACCUCCUUAUGCCGGUCGAAGGCACAUCCCAAUGGCUCUUGAAAUAUAUCUUGUUCAGUGUACCGUUCCUCCACUCAAAAUACCGUGACGAGAACUCGCCGAAAUCUCACGAGGGUGAAGCCUCGACUCGGUUGAGGAAAGGGACCCCACAAGACGAGCUCAGCGCCAAUCAUGUGUUAGCGGAACGACGACGUAGAGAGAAGCUUAAUGAGAGGUUUAUUAUACUAAGGUCGCUUGUGCCUUUUGUGACAAAAAUGGACAAGGCUUCCAUAUUAGGGGACACAAUCGAGUACGUGAAGCAACUGCGUAAGAAAAUUCAGGAUCUCGAGGCACGUAACGUGCCGAUGGAGGAUGAUCAACAGUCGAGAUCAUCCGGGGAAAUGCAAAGGUCGAGUAGUUGUAAAGAGUUGCGAAGUGGGCUCCCGGUAGUAGAGCGGACACAGGCCGGUCACGGGUCGGAUAAAAGGAAGUUGAGGAUUGUGGAAGGAAGCGGUGGCGUCGCCAUUGCUAAGCCUAAAGCAAUGGAGGACUUACCGCCUCCACUGCCGCCACCACCACCUCAGCCAGAACCGUCACCGACACCUAUGGUGACGGGAACUUCUUUAGAGGUGUCAAUAAUCGAGAGUGACGGGUUGUUGGAGCUCCAAUGCCCGUAUAGAGAAGGGUUAUUGCUUGAUGUGAUGCAAACACUUAGAGAGCUAAGAAUUGAGACCAUGGUUGUCCAUUCCUCAUUGAAUAACGGGUACUUCGUAGCUGAACUAAGGGCCAAGGUGAAGGAUAACGUGAAUGGCAAGAAAAUAAGUAUUACGGAAGUGAAGAGGGUGAUAAAUCAAAUUAUACCUCAAUCUGACUCUUAA